CUGGUUCCACCGUGGGCGGCCAGAGGCUCUUGAUCUACGUCUCUGCAGCCUGAACCCCACCUGUACACGGUGGAGGGCUGGAAGCGUCUACCCCUGAAGGAGAUCGCGGAUCUCCCUAACUGCUGUCUUGCCCCCUGUGAAUAUGGCCUUUGGGGGGGCUCACCACAGAUGGUGAUCCCAAACCUCAGAGUCUUCCUUUGCUUGGGCUCGUCUAGAGCUGGAUCCCUUCAGACCCCAGCAACUGAGACCCAGGCAGCAGCCCCGGCGUUGCCAUGGUGACGCGGCCCAGCUGGGAGCAGGGGCGAGCCUGUGUGCGCAGGCGCAGGGCCGAGCAGCCGCCUCCGCUCAGAACUGCAGAGACUGAAAGAAGGCCGCAUGGCCAGACUUGGCCCCGGAGCCGCGAGGGGGACGCGCCUCUCCCUGCGGCUCUAGGUGCCGACCUCGCCCCUCUCCCCACCAACUGGCAUGGGCGCCGCCGUGUCACUCCGCCUCGGUCAGGCACAAAGGGCAGAGCGGAGGGGCCGGUGGCAUCCCUGGAUUUGCCACGUAAACUCCCUGUGGGUGCUAGGACCCCCAUGAGGAGGGGGUCUCGGGAAGGGCCGCCGGGUCAGCCGCCCGGGAGCAGCGGGAGCCGGAACCUGUUCACGUUCAUCUGAACCUGAACUCCAGGCCCUGCGGCGCUGUUCCAGGGUGGCAUUUGCCCAGGGCCCCGCAGCCCACGUGCGCCUCGGGCUCCCUCCUGCUCCGCGAUCAGCGCCAGAGGCGGCACCAUGGCCACGGGCCCUCUGGGGGGACUGGUGCAGGGGGCUGGCCCUGGACAUGCACGGGGCCUCCCAGAGGACGUGGAGCCAGCGGCCAUACAAGCGGUCCUGCAGCCGGUCUUCCUGCCCCAGGGCACGUUCGGGCUGAGGAACGCCAGGGCCAGGAGGGUCGAGAAGGCCAAAGCCACCGUGAUGGAGUUUGUGGAGAACAUUAAACACAGCGCCAUCCCCGGUGAUCCGGGCAAGGACGGCGUCUAGAGGAUUCUGUGCAAGGAAAGUGCGGAGGACACGACGGUCCUGAGGCAGAUGAGACUGUCGCUGCUGGGUGAACUCCCUUCCCCCGAGGCGGCAGUGGCCAGGGUCUCUGGGGACAGGUCCACCCCUCCCGAUUCGGAGACUCAGGCUUGGGGAUCGGGGCCGACGGUCAGGGAGGCUGACUUCGCUCCUGGUGCAGCCAAAAAUGCUAGAACAUCUGGUCAUCGAGAUGGCGGAAACAGAACCAGAGGCAGCAGGUGGACCCAGACGGGCAAGAAGAGGGACUGUGGAGGGCGGCCAUCCACAUCGGGGAAGCGAGAGUCGGAAGACUCUUCUGAGCAGAGCCUGGGGCUUGUGAUCCAGGAGAUGGACCGGGAGGACCUAAGCGGGGAUGAGGGUCAUAGCACGCUGCAGGCCGCCGCGGAAGAGUUCCUUUGGUAGUGGGGCCUCCAGAGCCAAGGAGAUGACGGGCAAAGUCCUCGUGAGUUCUUGGUCCUGGCAACGGUGAUGGACAAAGCCAAAAAAAGGAGAAGGAGAAAGAUUCCCCCUCGGGCGGGGGUCGACUUAUCAGCCAUACUGGCAGUGGGAGACGCGUCUGGUGAGGAGACCGUGGACAGCGACGCCUCCCAAAGCGAGUCCCAGGAAAACGGGGAUCAAGAAAAAGAGAGGGUGAACAAUCCUGAGUUUGUGGCCCCUGUGGCUCAUACAGACCCCUCUGCCCAGGACGAGGUGUUGAAAAUGGCUUAUGUGAUGGAGUCGCUGGGCUGAAGGACAAGGAAGACAAGAGGUCUUGUCCGUCAUGGCCGAGGAGACCUCCGGAACCGCGUGAAGGUGCAGGAGGCAGGCUUCCAGGUGGCCGCCGUCGUCCUGAGGAAGGCCAACGACAACACCUGCCGGAAUGAAUGUGUCUCCACCAAGACUGAGCCCCAGACCCCCUUCAAGGGCAAGAAGGCUCCCCGGGGCGCGCUGGGGAGCUGGGGGGAGGAGGAAGAAGAUGGGGGGGGUGGGCUCCUGGAGCUCGAGGCGCUCCGGGCGACCUAGGACGUGGCUGAGGUGAUGGAGGAAGAAAAGGAAAAGGCCUGGGAGGGCGGGAGGUUGAAAUUGUCCAAAGGCCACCUGGGGGAGGUCUUGGCACUGCAGGCGGGAGCGCCCUCCCGAGACGAAAACCCAGGAGACGGCGGGAAGCAGGAGCAGGAUGGGGUGCGCGGGAGCCGGGACUCAGGCCGAGGCCUGCCCAGGGCUCAGUCGCCCGCGGGCUCCAAGUCGGCGCGUGGGAAGAAGACUGGUUGGGGCAGGAGGCUGCACCCCAUGUGCCGCUAGGGACGCUCCGAGGGAGCGAGGCUGCAGCUGCCCGUGGGGUCCCAGCUCGGCGCUCCCUCCGCCCUCCCCGCCGCGGUGGCAGCUCUGGCCGAACCACGCAUUCCGGCUCAGUUGUGCGCGCCGCCCACCGCUCGCUCUCUGGUCCUUUCAGUCCCUCCUUUGCAGGUGGCGCGGGCGAUCCUGAUGCAAGAAGAAUGUAACGUGUAAUGAGCGCCCUCGGAGGCAGCAGCCCCAGGUGACGCGACGGUCUCAGGGCCCACCCAGCCGGCUUGGCUUUGGGUCUCCCAGCUUAGCACAGGAGCGAGUGUGUCCGCGGACACCGGGCACCGAGAGAGGCCAGCAGUGCCGGGGCUUUCUUUCUUGUUUUCCGUGGAGCCCCGAUCCCUUCCAGACUCAUGUUUCUGGCCAGCAUCUGUGAGCCUCUGUUCCUCAUUCCAAUCUGAUGGGAGCUGGCCUGUGUGAUGGAGGUUCCAGCCGGGCAAGGGGAGUGUCAGGGUGCAGCUGAGCCAGGAGGCUGAACCUCCUGCUGGGGGAGGAGAGGAUUCCAGGCAGAGAAGCCUGAGAGGCAGG